AUGGAAGGAAAGAAUCAAACAGCUCUGUCUGAAUUUAUAAUUUUGGGAUUCUCCAACCUAAAUGAACUGCAAUUUUUGCUAUUCACCAUCUUCUUUCUGACUUACGUCUGUACUUUAGGAGGAAAUGUAUUCAUUAUCUUGGUGUCUGUGCUUGAUCCACGUCUACAUACACCCAUGUACCAUUUUUUAGGGAAUUUGGCUUUUCUUGACAUCUGCUAUACCACUACCAAUGUUCCCCAGAUGAUGGUCCAUCUGCUAUCAGAGAAAAAGAGCAUUUCCUAUGGUGGAUGUGUGGCUCAACUUUUUGCCUUCAUUUUUUUUGUUGGAUCAGAGUGUCUCCUCCUGGCAGCUAUGGCAUAUGAUCGCUACAUUGCAAUCUGUAAGCCCUUAAGGUAUUCGGUUAUUAUGAACAAGGUCCUGCAUAGCCGGUUAGCAGCCUCCUGCUGGACUGGUGGUUUCCUCAACUCUGUGGUGCACACAGUACUGACAUUCCGUCUGCCUUUCUGUGGCCACAACGAGAUUAAUUAUUUCUUCUGUGACAUCCCCCCUUUGCUGAUCUUGUCUUGCGGGGACAUGUCUGUCAAUGAGUUGGCCCUACUAUGCAUUGGGGUCCUCGUUGGCUGGACUCCCUUCUUGUGUAUUGUCCUUUCCUACCUCUACAUUAUCUCCACCAUCUUGAGGAUCCGCUCCUCAGAGGGGAGGCAAAAGGCCUUUUCUACCUGUGCCUCCCACCUCAUCAUUGUCCUUCUCUAUUAUGGCAGUGCCAUCUUCACGUACGUGCGGCCCAUCUCAACUUACUCACUGGAGAAAGACAGACUAAUCUCGGUAUUGUAUAGCAUUGUCACCCCCAUGCUAAACCCUGUAAUUUACACGUUGAGGAAUAAGGAUAUUAAAGAGGCUGCAAAAGUUGUGGGGAGAAAGUGGCAGCCACCAAUACUCUCUUUUGAUAUAUAA